GCAGCACAAUCUGCGCUUCCGAAAGCAAGAUGUCAGCGCCUAUGGAAAUAAUUGUAACUGCCGACUCGGCCGGGCAACUUUGGAAUUGUGCAGUAUUUGAGCUCCAUUCCGGUACAAAUCUACUAACAUAUCGUGGUGGUAAUAGCUCUUCAAGGUCCCUUACUGUCUUGAACGGAGAAUAUAUUCUUGGAGCCCAACUCGGGAAAAACUUCAUCAACGUGUGGGAAAUCCAAAGAAAGGAUCAGUUACAACAGAAAAUUGUGUGUCCUGGGAUUGUAACCUGCCUGACAGCGUCUCCCAAUGGAUUGUACCUCGUUGCUGGGAUUGCUGAAGCUAUUUACUUGUGGGAGGUGUCUACUGGGAAUUUGCUGGCCAUCCUGAGUCGUCACUAUCAAGACUUAACCUGUCUGCGGUUCACCGAUGACAGUAGCCAUUUUAUCUCAGGGGGCAAAGACAACCUGGCACUGGUCUGGAGUUUGGCCAGCGUGGUGCAGCUGGACCAGUCCCACACCCCCGAGCCCCGCCACAUCCUCACCCGUCAUACCCUGCCCAUCACAGACAUCCACUGCGGCCUCAUGGGACCUCAGGCUCGCGUUGCCACGGCGUCCCUGGAUCAGACCGUCAAGCUCUGGGAGCUGUCAUCGGGCGAGUUGCUCCUGUCUGUCCUGUUUGAUGUGGGCAUCAUGUCAGUCACCUUUGACCCCUGCGAGUACUGUCUCUUCUCCGGCGGCAGUGACGGCAACAUAUUUCAAGUGUCCCUGUGCAGCCAGGGCCUGACUCGGGAUAAGACCUUCCAGUCCGACAAUGAUGGAAACCAAGUUUUCAAAGGACACAGGAGCCUUGUGACAUGCCUGUCAGUGUCGAUGGAUGGCACUGUUCUCCUGUCAGGCUCUCAUGACGAGACAGCGAGACUGUGGGACAUCCAGAGCAAGCAGAAUAUCCGCAGCAUCAACCACAAAGGUCCGGUCACCAACGCCUGCAUCAUGCCAGCUCCGGCCAACAUGUUCCUGCCGGACAGCCGGCCGGGCGUACCCCUGCUGCGGUUCAGCCGCCACCUCAACCCCGCCGAGCAGGGGGGGGCGGGCGAGGCCGGGGGUGUGUUCCUCCGUCUGGGACCCCACACACAGGCCCAGGCAGAGACCUACUUGGAGAAGGCAGACAAGCUUCACUCCCUCAUGUGCUCAGUAACAGACAAGAGUGUGUUCGGGGAUGGAGAGAACGCGAAGGUGCGCGUGUCAGAGCUGGAGGAGGAGGUGAGGACGCUGAAGAAGGUCAACAAGGACCUGUACGACUUCUCCACGCAGUUCCUGACCAAGCCCAGCUAGACCCACACCUCCCUCCGCCAAGGCCCACCGCCUCUGACCCCACGCCCCCAGAUCAGGGCACCUCACCCGGGGGAUGGAAGCCCGCCCUGUAGGAGAGGAGACAGAAAUUGGUUACGUAUUUGUUUUGUAAAGGGAAAAACGUAUUGUCGACGGGUGUCAUUUAAAGAGGGAGACAAAUUGUUAUUUCUUGAUGCGUAUCUUGUUCAUGAAAAAUGUGGACUCAGUGAACAAACUGAGUGAACCUUGUUUUUGUUUUUUUACCACCCAUGUUCAUACUGAACCACUCAACCACCACUUACGGUGCAAUCUUUGCUAGUGAGUAAGUAGAAGAGAUGCCCCACAUCGACAGCCCUUCAACAGUUUGAUUCUCUCCCCUGUUGCCACUCCCUCCAUCAUGGCCCCCGAAUCCCAUCACCCCAGAAUCAGUCACUGAAGCAGAUCUUGUGAUUGCCCUUUGACCCUUGUGUCCUCUUUAUAUUAAACCCACCAGGUCCCUUGGUUCCUUUCCCAGAAGGCUUCAUUCCAGUCUGCUGUGUUCUCCCCCUGUUGUGACCCUUCCCCCAAUGCCAAAUCAUUCAACCAGCUAAUAGAUUUAGAUGAAUUUGUGCGACAAGGACCUGUUGUGCCCCCAGGUGUGUUAAGCUUGGAAACAGUGCUCAUUUCAUCUACCUAAUAGGUGUGACUGACAGGGUUGGUAGAGACACACAAACACACACUAGAUUAAUAGUUUUUUCAAACAAAAAGAAUCUGUAUGGUCUAAAUCUGUACGAUCUAACUACCCUUUGAUGGCCAUACACAGAAGAGAUGAGGGUAGUUUGUUUCCUCCAUCUUUUACUUAAUGUUAGGCAGUUUUUUUUUUUGUUUUUUUUUCCCUCAGUGUUAUAAUUUGCCUUCCAGAAUUUCUUCACAGCAGCAUUUUAGGGGAGACAUUCUUGUUUCCGAAACGGCAAAGAAACAGGAAAGCGUUUGACUCUGAAGUUCAUCUCUUUCAACAAAUCGCCACUCAUCGCCACAUCGCCCCACUUUCAAACACUGCAGAGUACGUAGGCACAGCUGUUGACGCUAUCGCCUCCGUCGGCCUUAGAUCGAGAUCGUGAGCGUGCGCGCCUCCUCAGAGGAGUGAAGCCGCCGUCUGAGAGAGAUGGAAGACCCUGGAUGAGAUGAGGCUUUUCUCCUUCUGCCCAUUGUGUGCAGGAGAGCGCCGGCUUCCUCUCAGCCAGGACUCGACCCCAAUUAGAGCGCUGUCCGGGGGGCCACCUAGAUGGAACUUCUGAAGACCACGAUCACAGAUUGAUCAGAGUUGAGUGGGUGAAAGAUUGAACAUGAUGGGUUUCUGUUUGGCGACUUGGGAGAGAAAGAUUACCGCUCGCUUUGCUCCGCUGUUUAGUACUUCUCAUCUGCGAUUUGUGUUUGUCCUCAUUACUGCUCACCAUUUUUGUACUUUUUGGAAAUGUGGAAAAAAAUAAAACGUAAG